GGUGUGUUGUGUGUCGGGUCCAGUCAGCGUAGCAGACAGACAGACAGGCAGGCUGUGUGCCCUCAGUCACUGUCCAUGUCGAGAUAGCCAGGCAGCGAUUAGGAUGUGCAAACAAGCAUUACGCCGUACGUCACGUCAUCAAUCACAGGUCUGUCUUCCAUUAAUGAAUUGACUCACUCACCGGUGGAUUGAUAUUGAGCCUUUGGAAGGCCAAAACAAAUCAACUAACACACGUACAGCAAGCUGAGCUAUCUAUGCAUUCAGUGAUUGCCUCAGUCAGCCAGUCCGUCAGUCAGUGACAGGCCACACCCAUGCACCACACCACCAGAAGAUCAUCCAGCCCCGAAGGGGUUGUGUCCCUCGUCAUUGCCGCCUGAAUCGUCACGCCUGGGCGACUUGGAACGACCGGACGGCCCCUUCCAUAUCUGAUAGAGCCAGCCAGCCAGCCAGGGAGGGAGGCAGGGGUGGGAUCACAACACGACACCCAAGACACAUCCGGCCAUUCAUGAGGGAGUGAGAUUCUUCUCUCUCUCUGUGUGUGCGUGUGUGUGUGUGUGCUUGUGAGGGUGACCGUGAAUCUUCUGGUCAUGGAGGUGAGCGUCCAUUUCUUGGAUGACUUGUCGCCCCUGGGCGUCUCCUCGCCGCCCGAUGCAUCACCCGCCGCUGACGCACCAUUGUCGUUGGCCGCAGCUGACGCAGACCCUGAUGUCGCACCAGCUACACGCGCAAACAACCUGCAACCACACACAGCCACCGUCGGUCCGUCAAGUACCGUCAAGUACACGUACAUGUGGGUGUGGGUGGGAUGUCGCCUGCCUCAUCUAUCUAUCUAUGUAUCUAUCUGUCUGUCUGGCUCACGUCUUCCUCUUUUGUGUAGGUGUGGAUCUGAAUUGCUGCUGUGUCUCAGUGUCCUCGUGUGGCGUCGCGUCGGCGUCUCGGCCCCUGUCGAGUGCGUUGAGCAUCCCCCCGAUGUGUCCACCCUCAGCCACCAGGCAGUCGGGCUUCUCCUCGAGUGUGCCAAGGAAGGCCGAUAUGUGCUCCAGCACACGAAUGGAGUCGGGCGGCCCCGCCUUGUUACCCCCCUUGCCCCUGGAGCCCCCCGGGCUGGUGAUGGAGUCUCGCCUGCCCGUCUCGACGGUGUGGAUGCGGGGUGGGAGGUAGGGUGAGGCGACGGGUGGCAACGGGACGGCUUCGUCGAUGUGCAGCUCGUGGGCGUAGUUCUUGAGGGCCAUAAGGUCGCCGUACAGGAGGCCCAGCUCAGAGCUCUCGAACAUCUGCCCCUGGUGGCCCAAACACACCACCACCCACAUCCACGCCUACACACACACACACCCCAACCAGACGGACGGACGGACAGAGAGCAUGGCAUGAAGCAUAUUCCAUAUGGUACCGGCUGGCCGAGCCAUAAAGGCCUGGCAUUACCUGCGCGACUUCGAGUAGGAACUGCUGUAGGAGGGGUGCGCGGAAGGCAGCGGGAGUCCGGGUGAAGAAGCGGUUCACGCUCUGAUCAAAUCAACGCCGGAUUCGGUGGCCACGAACAGGGAAUGUGUCCAGAGUGCGGUGCGUAGGGCGGACGUGUUGGCUACCUGUCUGAAUGACAGCACGACGUUUUCAAAGGGUGCCUCCUGCAGAGAGGGGGCGUAGAGGUCCAUGAAGAAGGCCGACUGCAGAUCCACAUACACCAUCCGACUCGCAACGUAACUGCAUGGAAGGCCGACCGACCGAUAAACAAUGAAACAGACACACACACACACACACAGAGAGAGAGAUGCAGUACCAGGGGGCCCGAGAGCUCGUCUGACAGCGUGGCUGCGUACCGUGCGAUAGCAAAAGCGGUAGAGUGUACGAUCUCGACGCACUUAUCGAUGCCCUCCCGCAGCACCUCCUCCAUCGACUCGACGCUGGCCAGUGCCACCAUCCUGCCCAUGCCCUCACCACGCUGCUGCACGGACGCGUCGCUCUCACCCACACCCUGCUGCUGCUGCUGCUUGUUUGAGCGGCCCGCCCCGUCCUUGACCUUGGAGUGUUGUGUGGUGGGGCUGGGCGGCAAGUUGAGUGCGGUGCGGAUGGGUGCGAUGAGGGGGUCACUGACGGCGGCGUCCUUCUUGGCCAUGGUCAUGAACUUGCCGACGAUCUGCUCCAGCUGACUGAUGAAGAAAUGCAAAUUGUGCAGCCGCAACAGCACCUCCGGUAAAGACUGACGCAACACAUACUCCGGAACCUGACCACAUAACAGAGAUCAGCGGGCGCCCCGCACGCACAACCAACAGGCAGAGCCAACAUGCAUUGCAUGAUUAUCCGGCAAUCCAAUCGAUCCGCGUGCCGUGCCGUGCGUGUGUCUCUUUUUUUCUGGAUACAUUGCCGUCUAUGCGUGCCUGCGUCCCUUGCUUCUUGACGAUUGAUUCGCUUACUUCGAGUAGAGCUGUGGUGACGGCCCCGCAGUUGCACUUGCCCUCUGUCUCCUCUGCGUCUGCCCCCUGGUCCCCCUCGCCCUCCUUCUUGUCGCUGAGUCCUCUCAUGACCCCCACACCGCCGAAGAAUGACAUGCGCAUGAUGGACUUGCCCCGCUGCUUGUCCUUCUUCUUGUGCUUGCUCUGCCGCCGACUAGACCACCGACCACCCCCUGGGCUAGACGUGUCGGACUUGUUGCCGCCCUCACCGUCAUCGCUGUCCGACCCCGCCUCGUGACCCGACUCGGCCCCCGUGUCAGACUCACCACUGAUGAAGCAACACCAGACACACACACCAACAGCCGAAGUGCAUACAGGUAUACGGGUUGACUGACGAGCAUGCAGAGGAGAACGUCUGUCCACUCCCCCAGCCCAGCGGGUCUGACCACCGACCCACCCACUGACCCACCAACGUACCCUGAUGUGUCCCGUCCGAUCUUGUCCGAUGGCAUGAAUAUGCGCAGCAGUGCCUGCUGGCCCGCUGUCAGCGGAGUCGACUUCCUGACGGGGGGCACUGGCCCUUUGGCCGCCGACAUGAAAGUGGGUUUGGUGGGCGCCGAUGACGACUUGGCGGCGGCCGCUGCAGCUGCAGGGGGCUCCUUGAACCGAUCCACCAGGGUCUGCAAGUGUCCCACACCGCACCGCACGAACACACACGAGUAGACAGGUAGGUGUCGUUGUGUGUGGCGAGUGUGCUACGAUAGACGGACCUGGAAGUUGGUGCUGCAUCUGGGUCUGAGUUUGAAGAGGCCCACCCCAUCGCACUGCCGUCUCAGCGCACCGCAGUAGGUCGACGUCAGACGGCUCAAAAAACUCAGCAAAGAAGGCAAAAACCUGUUUGUAGACACAUCCAAUCACACAUCAUACCGAGCAUAGGCCACAUGUGUUCGCAUAAAUGAGAUAAAUGAAUGUCGUAUUUGUGAGAUGUCCGGCAUCAAUUGCGUGUGUGCCGGUUGGUUGGUUGUGUUGGGUGACCAGUCGAGGGGCGGGUUGAGGUCCAUCAUGGCCUCGAAUAUUUGGAAGACGAACGAGAAGAGGUCGAUGACCGACGACGAGUGCAGCACGUCAGGCGGGGCGAUGGGCCGCCACUGCUCAUUCGCUAUGCACCUACACACACACACACACACACAGAGAGAGAGAGAGAGAGAGAAUGAGAAUGAGAGAGAGAUGUCCGUCCGUCCAUCCCACGCCUCAUCUCAUCUCUUUGUGUGCGGCCUGCCCUGCCCUGCCCUGCCCGCCCCCGUCCAUUCGUUCCAUUUGUCCCUCCCUCCCUCCAUACCUGUGCAGGACGUCUUCAACAGACCUGAAUCUGUUGGCGAGUGUUGCGGCCAGUACGGGCGCCAGGAGGUCCAUGAGGUCCGGCUCGCUCGGCAAGUGCACUCCAGUCGACAGACGCACCUGACCCACCAGCAGCUCAAAACUCCGCACAUUCUGGACAAGUAAGUACAGUCAAGAGAGAGAACAAGGACAACGAAGGCGUGACUGACAAAGGAGGCGCAUUCAUUCCUUUGUGUAUGUAUGUGUGGGUGGGUAGAGCACCUACCUUGAUGACUUUCUCUCCGCCAGGCGGUAUGUCAGUGUCCGCCCAGUAGGGCGACCCCAGCAUGGCCUUCAUCGCACCAUGCAGCACAAAUCGACCCUGUCCACCGGACAGACAACACACACCACACCACACACCACCAGUAUUGCGACACAUCACACCCCGUGCACGUGCUGUGCUGUGCUUACGGUGUACAUGACGAUUGCCGGGUGCUGGUUGUCCGGUAGGAAGUCCCUCCAGACGGGGGCGAAGUACUGCAGCUCGCACCGCACCUCAUUCACAAACGACUCCAUCGCCGUACCGAACGACGACACCACCUCGUAACGCUCCUUGUCAAACUGACAGGACACACAGACACAUACCAUCCAUCAGCCAGCCACACCAUGGAUGGAUGGGGGCACAGAUAUCAAUCAACGAGUGAGGGGCCCCCAUAUUAUUAUGUCUGUGCGAUUCGGUUGUCACGCCGCCAAACCGCCCUGACCUCUUGGUCCUCUUGCGAUGGGUUGUCUUGGUCUGUCCGCAGCAUCUUGAGUGAGGUGGCUGCGUUCUGCGCCAGCUGGAUGGCCGCCAUGACGGGGUCAAACAGACGGUGAAACAUCCCGCGACACGUGCUGCACACGAAGUACCUGCAAAGGAACCAACCACACAAAACAAAUGAACCAACAAAGGGAGUGUGCGUGGAUGUCUGUCUGUCUGUCUGUCUGUCUGCAUGUCUGACACACAGGGCUGGCUGAGGAACACACUUGCACGUGUAUGUCACGUGUGCGUGAUGUGAUGGAUGAGUGUUUGGGACUGACUGACAUACCUGAGUAUGUCUUCUUGUAUGGAGGGUCCAUUGAGUAUUUCGCUGAGCGGCCUGUCGUAAUAUCCCUCGCGCCUCGAGGCCCUGGCGGUGCUGCGCGAGGUGCUGUGGCCAGUCGACAGACCGCCCUCAAACAUCUUCUUCGCACCCCGACCCCCGCCCUCCUCGGCAGGACCGUCUGACAGACAGACAGACAGACGCUACACAACUCUGUGUGACGGUCGCCCUCGCUUUCUCCAAACACUCAUCUCAUUGGUUCCUUCCUUUGUUCCCUGCCUGCCUCGCCCACCCCGUUAGCUGACUGGACUGACCUUGUUUGGUGUCUGUCUUGGUGGGCAUGCCUGAAAUCUUGACCCUCAUCAUGCCCUGCAUCUUGGUCCACACCGUCAGCAGCGGCCGCAGACUCUCGGGCUCCAGCCGCAGGCGGUAGUCAGAUAGCACGGCCGCCAUCUCAUCGCGGCACACACCAGCCAGCGACCGCCGCAGACACAGCUCAUAUACAACUCGCUCCACACGACCAGCACUGCUCAGCGACACACCCACCAACCGCUUGGGUUUGCCCUCCUGCUGCGUGGCCGCUUCAAGUGGCAGACAGCACCACUCCUCAGUCACAGGCACCUGUGCGGCGGCGGCGGUGUGCUGUGCCUGCGGCAUGGCGACGACAAGGGUGGCGUUGAGGCCAGCGCCGAGGCUGCGUGGGACGACCGAUAUGAUGCGCCCGACAGGCGUGGCCUGUCGCUUCUCCGGCGGCACAUCGGUGGGGUCGAAGUCGGAGAAGAGCCAGGCUGAGAAGCCGCCGAUGAUGCUCUGGAGGGACUCGACGGCGGCCACGGGGGGGACCACGAUCGAACCCGUUUCCUGAGACGCCUCCUGACGUAAGGGAGCCAAUCCAAUCCCCACACACAUACACACACGAUAGCCAUAUAAUACACCAAGCACUGCACUGCACUGCACCCACCAUAUAUGCAUACAAGUGCACGAGUGUCCGUGUGUGCGUGUCCCCCGUGCGUGCGUACAUCGGUAGUGAUGUCUGCGAACUCAUCGGCGUCAUCGCCGGCCUUGGCGACCUCCCUCCAGAGUGCCUGGCAGCAGAGCACUGCAUGUGUGUCGAGGGCCAUGCAGGGCAGCAGGGGCCCCGGGUCGCCCCCCUUGCCACUGCCCCCUCCCCCCGGCCGUCUGGGGCUGGGGGCCACCCGGCCCGCCUGGGCCAUGUGGGCGCAUAUCACCAGGGCACGAGCGAUACGGGGGGCCUCCAGGUGCAGCCGGCUAGGCGAGCUGCUGUCGGUGCAGGCGCGGUACAGAUACGAGAAGAACAGCUGCAGCAGGGGGGAGUCGUACCGCCAGUACGAGUGACGACCGAACCACACACCAUCCUCUGAUGAAUGGAUGAAAGGAUGAAUGAAACGACCGACAUUCAGAGGAGGUCAGGUCGUCUGUGUGCUGUGCUGUGCUGUGCGCAUCCGUCUGCAGACCUACCGGUAAGGAUUCCGUCGAUAUUCCUCCGUGACUUUCUCCUUUGUGUGAUUUUGGGUUCCUCCUUGCCCGACUCGUCUCCAGGUGCUGCGGCUGGGCCAAGGUGGCCGGUAGCAGUCCUGGCCCUGGUCGCCCGACGCCGCAUGGGGUCUCUCUUGGGGUGGGCCCCAUCCGACACCUCAUCCUCAAACCCCACACCCUUGCCGCCAUGGCCAGAGGAGCUGGUCGAGGGCAGCGCAGACAUGUGGCGGCCGCCGGCCCCCUUCUUGCGGUCGUCGGGUCGCGGCUCUGGGCUGGGUGAGUGGGAACUGGCGCUGCCUGACCGCGACUCCUCGGCUUCAAUGGGCAGGGCUUUUCCGGGGGACGACCCGUCCCCUUCAGACGCACUCGACCCUCGAUCGCUGCCCUCCUGCGGAUUGCGGCGGUGCGACUUGCGCCGCCCUCCUGACUUGGAUGAGGGGCGGGCCGUGUCGGGGCUGUUGCGGUCUGCCGUGAGUGCCACGCGGCUCCUGAUGUUGGCAUCCAGCCUCUCGAUGCAUGUCAUGCAGUGCAGCAGACGAUACAGCCCCUUCCUGGACGCCCACUUGCUCCUGGUGGCCUGCUGGCCGGUAGUGGGGCUCGGUGCAGUGGUGCCCCAGUGGCCUGCGUCAAGGGCGUCCUGGAGGAUGGUGAUGGUCUCGGCCCCCUCCUCAAGAUAGAACCGCAGGGCCGAUGGCCUCGCAUCAAAGGACGCAACGGCCGGAUCGCUCUGGGGAGCCCGGGCGGAUGUCGAUGGGGCCUUGGACGGCGACACAAAGCGGUACAGACGCUGCACCCUGUGAAGGAAUGCCAAACCGAGGAGGUGCAGCUGACGAGACACCCAAUCGCGAAACGCCUUCUGGCCACCCAGACGCUGUCCUGGCUUGUCCGGGUUGUCGUCACCUGACAGGAACACAGGCACACAGGCAGGGCGGACGGACGGACAUGACAUCCACUUGUUGUGGGUCGGUCUUGUCGACACGACACAUAUAUGCCAUGCGUGUGUAUGCGCGAGGACUGACUGGCUGCUCUACUGAUCUGAUGGAUGGAUGGAUGGAUCCGUUCUUUGUUUCCCCCCCUCCCCCCCCCCUCGGUGGCUCACUUGCGUGUUGCCAUGAUUCGAUAAGCCUGAUGACUCUGUAUCUGAGGUCCAUGGGGUGCAGGGUGGAGGCCCCACCGCCGCUCGACCCAGACAGCUCGUUGGCGUCGGGCAGCGUCAGAUGCACUAUCAUCUCGUGCAGACGCUGAGGGAUACCCAGCCGAACCCUGCAGCCACACCACCCCAGCAAUGGACGUAUGUAUGCAUGUAUGAAUGAAUGAAUGCAUGUACACAACACAACACACACCAUGGACGGACGGACCAACGCCACCCGCCCGCUUCAUCCACUUGCGUCCCUGCCUGCCUGCCUGCCUGUCUGUCUGGGUGUGUGGGUGUGUGGGCUGGCUGACCUCAUGAGAGUGACGACACUCCUGAAGAGGUCUACAAUGGCUUCGUGUUCCAUGCGUGCGACCUUGUCCAUUUUUUUGUCGCCCCUGCGUCCCCCCCCGGGGGUGUCGUCGGCACCGGCCACGUCAGCCAGGAGGAUCGUCUUGGCCGCCGUCUGUGUGACCAGAUGCUGGAAGCCAAGCAGCAGCACUUCAUACGACAGACAACUCCACUGCAGGUCAUCCAUCUUGGCCGAACCCCACUGCACACCACCGCCCAACGAGCUCAGCUGCAGACAUCCGCACACACACAAGACGGCACGUAAGUCUCGAUGCGGGUUUCCUUCCAGUUGGAUUGCGUGCAUGUUGGGUGCCUUCCUUGAGUGGCCUGCCGGCUGUGCUGCCUGUCUGUCUGCCUGUCUGUCUGUCUGUCUGCCUGUCUGUCUGUCUGCCUGACCUUGAUGGGUUUGGCAGGUGCGAGGUGGGUAUGUGAGGGUGCGCCAACAGGCAGGUCGAUGUGUCGCUCCAGCACCGCACUGCCCUUGUAGAAAUCCUUGGCAAACCAGUCGCGAUGGGCAGCCGCUCCACCUCCCUCGGACCCCUCACCGGCCUUGCCCUUGAGGUCUUUGUGUUGGGGCCUGGCCGCCUCGGCGUGGCUGCAGAAAGCCAGCAGCCGCUCCUCGUGCUGCUGCUGCACCUCCACCCACUUGUCAGUCGCCCUACGAUUCGACAUCCUCUGGAGGGAAACACAGACAACCCAACACACAUGGAAUUGAUGGGAUGGAUGGCUCCAUCGAUGAGUAAGUGGAUGAGUGGAUAUAUGCAGGGAGGGGCCCCACAAACGAAACAUGAGCGGGCGGAAGCGCAAGUAGGCAGGCCAGCUGUCUACGACUCACUGAGGUACCUACCUUCAUGUUGACGAAGGUGUCCUUCUUGCGCUGGUCGGCGAGGUCGUCCGUGCCGCCCGCCCAGGUGGCCAUGAGCUGGUCGGCCCGUUGGCGCAUCUCCGAUAGGACAGCCCCGACGGCAGCACUGGCAGGGCCCGGUGGACCCUUGUCGUCACUCAGUCGCGACGACUGGCGGGCCUCGUAGUACCGGUGCUUGGCCGCCGUGGUGCCUUGGCCUUCCGUCGAGAAUGAGUAGAUGCGGCCCUCAUCGUCGGUCUUCCUGCGGAGGUCGCCAGCCGCCCCUGUUGCUGCCUGGGAGAGAUGCUUGAGGUCCAAGUGGGGGACAGAGGCCUGCGGGGAUGACACGCUGGAGCGGCCGGCACUCUGCCGCACAUCGGACACACCCACCUUGGCCGGUGGUGCAACUGCAGGUGGUGCAGCUGGUGCGGCCGCCCCUGUUGCCGUGUGGAAGUCCUCAGCAGACCCCCCUCUGCGGCUGGUGGGAGGGGUGCUCCCGCUGCUGACGGAUCGCUGUUGACCGAACCCUCCGGUCUCCUGGCGUCUCCAGCCGGGGCGAGCAGCGGUGGCAGGACCACCAGGACCCUCAAAGCCCUGCGUCGUCCGCAAACCAGCAGGAGGGCGUGUCGAGAGUGCGGCGUCGGUCCGUGGGUGUGGGGCAGUCGCCAGUCCCGGUGGUGGGGACUCCUGGCGUGAGGUAAAGAACAUGUCGAUGCCGGUGUCGAUCAUGCCCGCCAGCUCGGGGGAUGAGGGAGACGCCUCCCUCUGCUGCUGAUGGUCACCAUGCCGAGGCUGUCCUUCUUGUGGUGGUUGUGUCAUGAUAGCUGCGUCAGGGAGGCGCGCUUGGUCGGUAACCGCGCGUUGGGGGACUGGGCUUUGCGACCUCGCUCCAUUAUCACUGCUGAUGAUGGAUGGCGCCUCCCCGGCCCAGUCCCCCCUGGCCCCCCCCUGCUGCUGCUGCUGAUGCUGCUGCUGCUGCUGCUGACCCUGACGCUGCUGAGAGGGCCCGCGCCGCAACCGCUGACGCGCACUCGUGAUGGCCGCCAUGUGUGCUGGGGUUGUGGAGUCGUCCUCGUCGCCCAUGGCCUGGUGGGCGGCCUGGCCAUGGCCAGGCCCACCGCCCCGUGCACUCAUGGGGGGUGUCGUAACUCGCCCUGCAACCCCCUGCUGCGACACCUGUCGGUCGGUGUCGACGGCCAUGGGUGCAACGCCACCCCCAUCGACUGCCCCGACCCGGGGAUGCUGCUGACGGCUGGCGCUUCCUAUGGUGGCCGGGGGUGAUGGCAAGGCAGCAUCGGUGGAUGUGCGCUUGGAUUCCAGCUGUCGGAUCUUGUCCUUAAGCAUGGUGCCCUCUGACUUAAGGAUGUCAUUCUGGUUGAUCAAGGUCACCUCGCGGACGCGGACCUUCUGCAGGUCAUCCUGUGCCCUGUUGAGGUCUGCCUUGGCCACAGCCACCUGCCUGUCCCGAUCAUCCAGCUCCCGCUGCAGCCUCUCCACCUCCUGCCGCAGCGACCCGUCCAGCGGAUCCAGCCGUGGACCGUGAUCGGCCGUCGGGAACCGGGCGGGGGAUGGUGGUCGAGCAAGGGGGGAACCCGCACCAGUCGUGUAGCGCUCUGCACGACGCCUCGCCUCCGCAGGAGGGACCUGCACAGACCAGCACAGACACACACAUCAUACAUACAUACAUCAUGGUGGACUCAUUCAGGCAGGUCGGUCGGUCGAUUAGGUCACUCACCUUAAGUUUUUUGGUGAGAAAGUGCUCCAUGUCGCCCGCUGGGUCAAAACUCUCCACCUGACGAAUGUACUCGUCAAGCGAGACGGUGAAGUCCUCUCGAAAGUGAUGCAAAGCCUAACGCACAAACAGAACAACAAACACUCCCACUAACUCAGAGCUGGGCGGUAAGCAGGUCAGUGAGGUACUUACCUUGGCCCAUCCCCUUAGGCUAUCUCGCAUGGCGUUGAGUCGCGCGGCCUCGAGCGACUCCAGCUUGUCAACCUCGUCAGGCGACCCGGACACACGCAGACCGGGGGCAUUCAGCCUGCACAUCACAUCACAUCCAGCAAAGCCAUUCAUUCAUCCGUCACACCCGACAGACAGACACAAUAGUUAUGUCUAUUUCAGCGAGUGAGUGAGUGAGUGGCUGAUGGAUGGAUGGAUGGAUGAGGAGGUCACUGACUCACUGACUCACUCACUCUGCGGUGGCCCUUGCGAGUUGGUCGACGGCAUUGGCCUGGUUGGCGAAUGCGGCCUGGAUGCGCCGGUCAGCCUUGUCCAGCACCACGGCUGCCAGCUUGUUGCCGAAACGCUUCACCAACUCCUCCUUAUUCAGCACAGCACGCUGACCGUCCGAGGGAGGGAGGGAAAGAGGGAGGUCCAAAUAAAUCACACACAUCAAGGCAGAGGCAGUAAGUAAGAAUUUGGCUGGAAGCAUCUCUCUCUUCAUCUCUCUCUGCUGUUUGUUUGUUUGUUUGCGUGUGUAUGGUGCCUGCCUUGGCUUGGCAGGCAGCGCACCUCUAGCUCUUCAUCUGCUUUCCUCUUGUGCGCCUCGGCCUUUGCCACCUCCUCGGCAGCAGUGGCGCGGUCCCCCUGCCCCCCCUGUUUGUCGGGCUGCCUCUGGUCGGGGCUCCUGGACCGGCCGCCCGACCCCCGCCCCUCAGUCUUGAUCUUGGCGAUGGCAUCGCCCAGCGGCGGCAAGGCCAAAGCCUCCAGCGUGGCGACCAGCUGUGUGGCCUGCUGACCCAGCUCCCCGAGCAACGUGAGCCACCCUUUGCCGGCAUCCUGCUGACCACCCUCCUCCUUGUGCAGCAAAGGGGAUAACUUGCUGCUGCUCUGCCGGUGGGUGCUGUCAAGGCGAGAUGCCAGAUCCUUGACAACACCUAUCACACUCCGCUCUGACUCAACCAGGGCCUGCAGAAAGGUGGGAUUCAUCCAGGCCAGCACAACACAAACACACACAGGGAUCCCUGUGGCUUGACAUAGAAGGGUGGUUGUUCAUCUGUCUGUCUAUCUGCUGACUGUCGUCCACCUGAAUGCUCCCCAGGUCGAGCAUCAUGACUUAAGGUGUCGCUCUUCACAUAUCGGCUCCUCCUUCACCGGCGAUUAGCAGAUUUCACUGCUUCCCUCCCACCCCUU